GCCUGUUUGAUCUAGCCUGAAACAUACAAAUCAAUCAUGAAGCCCGUGUUAUCACGAAAUUGCACGCCAUUUCCAAAUGCGUAUUUGAUCUAGCCUGAAACAUACAAAUUUAUCAUAAUUCACAUCUGCAGGAAUAUGUUGUAUAAAACAGUCACACGCUAACUAACGAAACUAUUCUGGUGUAUUGCCGCUCUGCAUUAAAAUGGUGACAUUUCGCAUUGCAAUUCUUGCCUUGGUGUUUGCAGUCGAUCAUGCCCUUGGGGCAAAGUACAGGAUUUUUGCACCAAGGCUUUUUAAAGUCACAUGGGAGCAAGCCAGACGAAAUUGCCAAAAUAUUGGAAUUGGAUGGGACCUUGUGAAGAUUCAGAGCAGGUCUGAGGACCUGCUGGUUAAAGACAUGCUCAAGUGCGAGAGAGCAUUAGGAAAUAACCAGGGUUGGUUCAUAGGAGGAAUAAGCAAAAAUGGAAAAUGGACUUACGCGGAUGGAUCCCGUAUGACAUACACGGCCUUUGGAAGAAGAGAUAGGCAGCAAUCCUUUGUAACCAAGUCCAGACAGGGGACGGUCAUCAACUACGCCGCCAUAUUUCAUUCCGACUUAGCGUGGGAUUACCUCACAACGCACGAUCGGAACUCAAUGGGAUAUGUUUGUGAAGCUCAAUAUUGUUAAUUACAAUUAAAACAAUGCAUUGACGCAAAUUGUUAAGAAACCUUACGGUAAAUAAAAAUAUAUACAUUUCCAA